AUGACACUCGAAUCCGAAAAGAAUGUCGAGGCAGCGGCCGAAUACCUCGAGCCAGAAGGUACUUCUCCGAGAGGCGCAAUUCAACCUCCACAGACAGUCGUCGCGCAGGAUGAGACGCCUUCGCCUGCAUCGUCCAGUAACCCGGCUUCAGAAAAGUUUCUCGACCAGGCAAACGAUACAGUCGCAGAGACGCCGCGAGACAAUGGGUUCCCCAAUCAAGUGCAACCUCUGGAGAACCCCCUUGAAAAAACAAAAUCCAGAGCCUCCGAGUUCUCCAGAAGCCGGACCGUCAUUAUCAUGUUCUCCCUGUGCAUGGCCCUUUUCUUGGCCGCGCUGGACGUGACCAUCAUCACCACAGCUUUACCCACUAUUGCCCAACAUUUUCAGGCCUCGGCGUCGGAUUAUACCUGGGUUGGUAGUGCGUAUCUACUCGCAAACGCCGCCAGUGUUCCGCUAUGGGGCAAACUCUCCGACAUCUGGGGUCGCAAGCCCAUCAUUAUGCUGGCUAACGGAAUCUUCAUGGCCGGAAGUCUGAUCGCCGCCCUGUGCAAUUCGAUUGGCCUCCUUAUUGGUGGACGGGUGAUACAGGGCAUUGGUGGUGGUGGUCUUGUAACGCUGGUCUACAUUUGCAUAGGCGAUCUGUUCAGCAUGAGAGAAAGACCCAAGUACUUUGGUAUUUUGGGCAUGGUAUGGGCCAUCGCUUCUGGGGUUGGCCCCGUUGUCGGGGGCGCUUUCACCGAGGGGGUCUCCUGGAGAUGGUGCUUCUACAUCAACUUGCCUCUGGAUGGUCUUUCUUUGAUUCUACUCACGUUCUUCCUCAAACUGGACACCCCCAAGACGCCCUUUAUGGCCGGAGUCAAAGCCAUUGAUUGGAUUGGUGUCGUCACAAUUGUCGGCGGAGUCGUCAUGUUCCUAUUUGGCAUGACCUCGGGAGGCACAACCAAGCCCUGGGACAGUGCCUACACAUUAUGCCUGAUCAUUUUUGGCAUCGUGGCUAUUGUUCUGUUCUUCCUAAACGAGUGGAAGCUGGCCAAAUACCCCGUCAUCCCUCUUCGGCUCUUCAAGAACGGCUCCAACCUCGCAGCCUUGGGGGUCUGCUUCAUCCACGGUUUCGUCUUCAUUGCUGGGAGCUACUAUCUCCCGUUUUACUUUCAGACCGUGCUUGGCGCCAGCCCUCUCCUCUCCGGAGUAUAUCUUCUCACAAUGGUCCUCACGUUGUCCUUUGUUUCGACGGCAACGGGCCUCUAUGUCAAAAAGACAGGUCGAUUCCGCGAUCCCAUCUGGCUUGGGCUCUGCGUAAUGACUCUUGGGUACGGAUUGUUUAUCGACUUGCCUGCGAGCCCAGAUUGGGCCAAGAUCAUCAUCUACCAGAUCAUUGCAGGUAUCGGAGUGGGCCCGAAUUUCCAAUCCCCCUUGAUUGCAUUGCAAGCUCACAUCAAGGGUCACGACAUGGCUGUAGCAACAGCGACCUUUGGGUUCAUCCGCAACCUGUCCACUUCCAUCUCGGUCGUAUUGGGCGGUGUAGUCUUCACCAAUGAACUCUCCAAGAAGUACGGUGGCCUUGUCCCUGUCCUAGGACCAGAGCGUGCGAGGCUACUGACUUCCUCCUCAUUUGGUGCCACUACCUCCAUCGUGCGCAGUCUUCACGGACCGGCUCGCCACGCCGUUGACAAAGCAUACACUGACUCGUUGAGGACGAUGUGGAUCUUCUACACGUGUUUCGCGGCGUUUGGAAUCGUGGUGAGCUUUUUCAUCAAGAAGAAGGAGCUCAGCAGCACGCACGAGAAGGCGAGAACGGGGAUUGAGGAACAAGAGAGGGUGAGGCAGGAGCUGUUGCGGGAGAGGCAAGAGAAGCAGAGGAGUAGGAGGGGCACUUUGGAAAGGGACGUCGAAAAAGCGAGCCCCGUGCCCGCCAGCACAGCGCGAGAACAUGAUGGAUAA